ACCUGUGCAGUGUGAUAAAGAAAGUAGAAUUAGCCUGAAGUUGUGGUCCAGCCAGAUAAAACUUUUAGGCGGGAAGUCAAGUGACAGGCAAGCUUGUAUGUGUGGUUUUUUUUUUUUUUUUUUUAAGUGUUAGUUGUUUUUGAUAUUUUUAAAAAGCGUUUAGACUGCUCGUGGAAGUCAGACCAAAAUAGCAGGAAGGUAUUACAGCAAGAUGGAUUUUGGAAAGGACCAAUCUUAUUUGAAGCACCAACAAAUACUUGAUCCUCUUCAAGAAGAGAACCAUUCUCCAGAAGUCAUUGGAACCUGGAGUUUGAGAAACAGAGAACAACUUAGAAAAAGAAAAGCUGAAGUGCAAGAAAAGGAAACGUCACUAUGGCUAUUUGGAGAACAGAAAAAACGCAAGCAGCAGAGAACAGGAAAAGGAAAUCAAAGAGGCAGAAAGAGACAACAAAAUACAGAAUUGAAGGUGGGGCCUCAGUCACAGAUAGAAAAGGAAAUAGUGGAGAAAGCACUGAUACCUACAGAGAAAAAAAUUGAGCCACCCAGGAGUAUAACCAAAGUAUUUCCUUCAGUAGCCCCCCACCAGAAAGUUGUGCCUGAGGAAUGCUUUUCUGAAAUAUGUCAAGAAGGUAAUAUACAUCAGGAAAAUUCUGAGUACCAAGAAAUAGCAGUACAAAACCAUUCUUCUGAAACAUGCCAACAUGUGGCUGAACCUGAAGACCUCUCUCCUAAAAUGUACCAAGAAAUAUCUGGACUUCAAGACAAUUCUUCCAAAAUAUGUCAAGACAUGGCUGAACCUGAAGACAUCUCUCCCAACACAUGCCAAGUAAUAGCUGUAAUUCAAGACCAUCCUUUCAAAAUGUACCAAGAUAUGACUAAACGAGAAGAUCUGGCUCCUAAAAUGUGCCAAGAAGCUGCUGUACCCGAAGUCCUUCCUUGUCCAACAUCUGAAGACCCAGCUGACCUUGAAGGAUGCUCUCUUCAAGCAUAUCCAAAACCAGAUGUGCCUAAAGGUUAUAUUCUUGACACAGACCAAAACCCAGCAGAACCAGAGGAAUACGAAACAGAUCAAGGAAGAGCUGAGACAGAAGGCUUUUUUCCUAAAACACAAGAAAUAGCUGAGCCUAAAGACCUUUCUACAAAAACACACCAAGAAUCAGUUGAACCUAAACACCUUCCUCAUAAAACAUGUAAAGAAAUUACUUUGCCUAAAGGCCCCUCUCAUAAAACAAUCCAAGAAACACCUUCUGAAGGCUAUUCAACUGAAAUAAACCAAGAAACACCUGGGUCUGAAAAAUAUUCACCUGAAAUGUAUCAAGAAAUACCUGGGCUUGAAGAAUAUUCACCUGAAAUAUGCCAAGAGACACAUCAGCUUGAAGAAUAUUCACCUGAAACAUACCAAGAAACACCAAGGCCUGAAGACCUCUCUACUAAGACAUAUAAAAAUAAGGAUGUGCCUAAAGAAUGCUUUUCAGAACCAUACCAAGAAACAGGUGGGCCCCAAGGCCAGGAUCCUAAAGCACACCAGGAAGAUGCUAAAGAUAUUUAUACUUUUCCUCAAGAAAUGAAAGAAAAACCCAAAGCAGAAAAACCAGAAAUACCAGCAAUGAAUGAGAUUCAUCCAGAAAAUGAUGUCUAUAGUUAUGUUUUGUUUUAACAACGCUCAACCAUAAAGUUGUAGUCCAAUGGAACAUACAGCUUAAUAGUUCAUGUAUGACUUUCUCAAAAUAUUGUAAAACCUUUGACAAUGCUCAUUGAUACUUACUAUUUUUUCUAUUUGUAGACCAGAUCUAAAAUAACUAACAUUUUUUAAGGCUCUACCACAUAGAUAAUAUUAUGCUAGAGUGUGUGUGAGUGUGUGUGUGUGUAUAUGUGUGUAUAUGUUGUGGGGAGGAUACCAGUGGGAAGAGAAAAAUAAAGAAGGGGAGAGGACUGGAUAGCGGAUUUUUCCCCCUAAGAAAAUUAUGUAAGUCUUAAGAGCAGAUAAAUGACUAAGACUGAACACUUACAUUUUGGGGAAAUUUAAGUGUUAUAUUAGUUUUCCUGUAACAGUAGCAUCAAAAUUUUAUUCAGGCUUUAGUUAGCUCUUUUGGUUAAUUUUAACAAGUCUCCUUAAAAGAUAUUUCGGAGUGAUGAAUGUAGUUUACUUUUGUAUUUGAAUUUUGAUUUUCUAUUUUUACUUUUUAAAUAUUGUAUUUAUGCAAAAUGUACAUUAAAUCAUUAUUACAUGCUUAA